UAUUUUGGAUGUUGUGCGGUCACCAAUAAGUUGCGUCACUGCUUUCCAUGCACUUUUCACGCAUGUUUCCGUAGCCGUAGCCACAUCCAAAGUGGCUGGCGGCGCAGCGGAAGUGCUUUGACAAUUGUUUUUGUUUUGUGUUUUUUCUUCAAUUAGGACCAUCGAAUCGUGACAAUGCAUCAAUGCGUAUUGGUUAUGCUCCCAACUCUUAGUAAACGUUGCACGCUCGACAGAGCGGGACAUGAGACUGGAGCCCAGUUGGAGGGACGGGGCAAUUUAAUAGGAAGGCCGUGGCGCAGUUGCCAAUCGGAAUAUCAUCCAGCAUUCUCAAUUGAAGUGACGUCAGUCCUGCAGUACCGGACAGGGCAGAUCCUCUCUCUGCGGGACCUGGCACUCCCCGGCGUCGUCAUCAUCAUCAUCAUCAUCCUCUUCCUCUUCCUCCUCGGCACAGGAAACCACACACGCCCAACAAACACACGCAACACCUUUCGCCUUGUGUUUUGGGAGUCAACACACAACAUGGGCAACGUGCAGCCUACAGUCGUCCCAUUUGAGGACUUUGACGUCACAGCUGACAUAAAAGCUAUUCGACAAGCAUGCAAAGGUUUAGGUACGGAUGAAGAGGCCAUUAUUCAAAUACUGGCCAAUCGCUCGUCAGUCCAACGUCUGGAAAUCAAGCGGGCUUACUUUGAGAAGUAUGACGACGAGUUGGACGAGGUCCUGAAAAAGGAGUUGACCGGCAGCUUCGAGAAGGCCGCGACGGCCAUGUUGGACCCGCCUCGCGUCUACUUCGCCAAGGAGCUGAGGAAGGCCACGAAGGGGGCGGGCACAGACGAAGCCGUCCUGGUGGAGAUCCUGUGCACGGCCACUAAUGAGGACAUCGUCGCUUACAAAGAGGCCUACGCCCAGGUGCACGGACGGGAUCUGGAGGCCGACAUCGAGGACGACACGGGCGGAGACGUGAGGAACCUCCUCAUCUCACUCCUGCAGGCGAGCAGAGACGAGGGCUUCGAGGCCGACGACGGUUUAGCCGAAGAGGACGCCGCGGCUUUGUUCGAGGCAGGAGAAGGCAUGUUUGGCACGGACGAGUCGACCUUCAGCUACGUCCUCACACACAGGAACUACGUGCAGCUUCAGGCCACUUUUAAGGCUUACGAGGCGCUAUCGGGGACGGAUAUUUUGGACACGAUUGACUCGGAGGCCACAGGAACUCUGAAGGACUGUUAUGUCACUCUAGUUCGGUGUGCCAAGAACCCUCAGCUGUACUUCGCCCGGCGCCUUAAUGCCGCUAUGAAGGGACUCGGCACCGAUGAGGACACACUCAUCCGCAUGAUCGUGGGUCGCUCGGAGAUUGACCUUGAGACGGUGAAGGACGUGUACCUGGAAAAGUACGACGUCACCUUAAAAGAGGCCCUGGAUGCCGAGUGUGCCGGAGACUUCAAGCGUCUCCUCCUGGAGAUCUUGCACUGAACGACUUUUCUUCUUCCUUCUGGCCUUAUUUAACAAUGUCAUGCACCCGCCUCUCGCUUUCACUCCCGCACACUUGCCAUCGCCAUCGUCCUCGCUUUCACAUUUCACUCUCGUGUGUCUUUGCAGCACGGACCAAAAAACGCACUCUGCCGUGUAAUGGGUCUCGGACAUUAUUGCAUUCAGUGGAAAGUUUCGUACUGCCGUCAUUCUAUAUACAUGCAUUAAGUAGCUUUUGGCAACUUGAAUAAAUAUUUACACGAACCGUACAUGUAUUAGUAAGUACCAAAGUACAGUCAAUACAUCUGCCAUCCAGCAUAUGCGUCAGUUCCGUUUGUCUCGCCAUCUGUGUGGAAGCCAUUUUAUUUUUGCUGCAGUACAAAUGAAUUGCAAUUUGCCUCAAAGAUUGUCUCUCAUUGGUCAGCAAACGAUUGACGGCCGCAGCGCUCGACACGGACGCCGGAAUGAUCACGUCCCAUACCUGGCCGAUUUGAAUCCCGUACGACAGUAACUCCGCUCGAACUGCCAAACGGUGCACAGUGUGUCGUUUAAGACGCCUGGCAUCUUUUUAAUCACAGUUGACAAAUUUCAAUUUCCUGACCUCAUUUCACUAUAUUGGACGUUAACAAUUUUCCACACGGUUGCUGAGCUUCACGUCGAAUGCCGAACAACCGAGGAGAAGUCGUGCUUUCGGGACAGUGCCGCGACAACUCUGAGCGAGACGUGAACGUCUACGUUUGCAAUUGUAUCUUAUUUAAAUCGAAAAUGAUUGUGGCUGCUCUAAUGGACCGUUGCAUUGGCACACAUUUAAUUCACUCCCUGGUCGAUAGAAAGUAUGUUGGUGUAUUCUGUUGCAGCAAAAUGUGGAAUAUAUGAAGAAAAUAAAAACGAAUAACUAAA